AGUAGCAAACAAAGUGAUGAUUUUGAUUUGAGUGCUCGUAUCCUCUCUUUAAAAAGCUUGAGAUUGAUGCAAGAAAGCAAGAAGAAAACAAGUCAAGAAAGAACUCAAAAAUGGUGUCAAGAGAGCACAAGAAAGCUGCACUGCAUGACAAGCUGCAACUUCUUCGAUCUGUUACAAACUCUCAUGCAAAGAAAGAUUCAUCGAUCAUAAUAGAUGCAUCCAACUACAUAGAAGAGCUCAAGCAGAAAAUAGAGAUAUUGAAUCAAGACAUAGCCCGCAGCUCGAGCUACCAGAACUCAUGGCCUAUGGUUACAGUAGAUACCCUAGAAAAGGGUGUACAAGUAAAUGUGUAUUCAGAAAGAAGCUGCCCAGGUCUACUAGUUUUUGUAUUGAAAGUCUUUGAAGAAUUGAGUCUUAAUGUGUUGGAAGCUAGGGUUUCUUGUACAGGCAGCUUUCAACUUGAAGCACUUGGAGUUGAGAAUGAAGAAAAUGGAGAAUCCAUCGACACGCAUAUUGUGAAACAAGCAGUCCUUCAAGCAAUUGAAGACUGGAGCGAAAGCAACGAUCAAGAGUAUUAAAUAAUCGAGAAUUUUUUCUCUAAUUUCAUUGAUGUUUUUCUUCUAGCGUCUAAAUUCUUAGCUUCUGUUUAUCUAUUAGUAACUAUUUCAAAUUGAAGGUAAUAGCUAGCUAGCCUUCAAGAAUCAUCAAUCGAAAGAAAGUAUCUUAGGAUAAACUCAAUCUUAAAUAAUCUUGAAUAGUCACAAUCUUCGUCUUCAUCAUC